AUGUCUAGAGAAGAGAUGCACCAGAGACACUUAGCCUUCUACAAGGCUUCCAUCGAGUUUGACCCAACCUGCAACUUAGUUGUCGUGUUUCCAGUACCGUUACAAGUUGAAGAAUCAGCCUUACACGCCUUGGGUCGAAGUGGAAAGAAUUGCAUGCUUACCAGAGGGAAAGUGCGGAAAAUGAUACCGGAAAGGGAGGAUUUGGAACAAGGGCUGGUCCCAGAGGUAGAAAUACCAACAAGUUCUUCAAGAAGUACCAUUUCACAUGAUCUCACUCCUACCACCACUACCCCAGACCCGCUGAAGGAAUUAUCACAGCAGUUGUCACAACUACUAGCCAUUAUAACGAUGCAACAAAAGGAACGGAACGCAUUAAGGGAAGAACUGGCUACAAUCAAGGCUGACCAACAGAACCAACAGCUACCCACCUCAAAGGGGGCAAUUUCGAUCAAAAUUGAAGAAAACAAGCCUUGUUUGGAGCCAAAAUUUACCAACAACAAACAAGCAUGUCACAUGAACUUCGAAUUCAAAGGGGCAGAGUACGCCACAGAUCGCAGGAAGAUCCUGUUUAUGUACGGUUAUCUACGGGGUACCCCUCAAAUGCUCUUAACUCCGGCCAUAACCAACCCAAGUAUAUGGAAUUCAACCGAAUGGCUGGAGACAUACGACAAAUUCAUUCAACACUUAAGAACACAAUUUGGGGACAGUAACAUGGUGGGUACCGCUAUGCGGAAAUUACAAGAGCCACAACAGACCGACACCGCAGCUGAAAAUUUUGCAAACUUUGAAUCAUGGUCAACUCACCUUGGGAAGAUACCAGAUGCGAUGAAAAUCGCAUCAGCCAUACAGGGCCUGAAGGAAGAACUACUGAAGGUGGUAGUGGUGAAUAACACCAACCCUCGAACCAAGUCGGAUUGGAUCUACUUCAAACCACAUGUGAUAGGAACCAAGGAGAAUCAACGAAUGGCUGAAACAAUGAUUGCAGCAAACCGAUGGGCUGCUAGGCGUAAAAAUGAGACGACCUGGCUUCCCCCACGAUUGAAUUUGACACGAUUGGAUAGUGGUAAAGGACCAUUACCAGGUGGAAAGCCAGGGAUGAUGAAUUUUGGUCUACCAAAUGACCCUCCGGUCACUUGGACCAAGGACGAAGGACGCCUCAGCGAGAACGAAAUGACUGGGAGAAGGGAGAACCGACGCUGCCUCAAGUGUAGGAGCCCAGAACACUACGCCAAUAACUGUCCAAAUGGAGGAUGA